AGCAAUGCAACGUUAUGGAGUUCGCUCUACAAUUAAAUGAGACGAAGAAAGGCGGAAACAGCCGCACGAUCCACUGAAGGAGUAAGUUCUCUGACACAACAGCAACAACUGCACUGUUUCUGCCAUGUCGUUCCUCUGCAGAAGAGCAGCGUUGCUGCUGAGAUCCAGCACCACAGCACCGGCUGUUCUGUCCACCGCCCGGCUGUACUGCACCGGUGGUCGUUAUGAGCAUAUCUUGGUGGAAAAGCGGGGUGAGCAGAACAACGUAGGCUUCAUUCAACUGAACCGGCCUAAGGCUCUGAAUGCUCUGUGUGAUGGGCUGAUGAGGGAGGUGGGACAGGCUCUGGACUCUUUUGAAGCAGAUAACAACGUUGGAGCCAUUGUCAUCACAGGCAGUGACAGAGCAUUUGCUGCUGGAGCAGAUAUUAAAGAGAUGCAGAAUAGAACCUUCCAAGAGUGUUACGGUGGGAACUUUCUGGCACAUUGGAACAGAGUGUCCACAGUCAAGAAGCCUGUCAUUGCAGCUGUCAAUGGAUUUGCUCUGGGUGGAGGCUGUGAGCUAGCCAUGAUGUGUGACAUCAUCUACGCUGGAGAGAAAGCUCAGUUUGGACAACCAGAGAUCCUGUUGGGGACAAUUCCUGGGGCCGGUGGUACCCAGCGCCUGACUCGUGCUGUAGGCAAAUCCCUGGCUAUGGAAAUGGUACUUACAGGAGACAGGGUUAGUGCUCAAGAAGCCAAGCAAUCAGGACUGGUGAGUAAAAUUUUCCCUGUGGAUCAGCUGGUGUCCGAAGCUGUGAAGUGUGGAGAAAAAAUUGCUUCUAACUCUAAACUGGUUUCUGCUAUGGCUAAAGAGGCUGUUAACGCCGCUUUUGAGCUAACCUUGGCUGAGGGCAAUCGUUUGGAGAAACGCUUGUUCCACUCUACCUUUGCUACGGAGGAUCGUAAAGAAGGCAUGACAGCAUUUGUGGAGAAGAGAAAGGCCAAUUUUACAGACAGUUAGAGUUAAUACCCGGCCCAAAUAUUUUAUGCAGAAAAAUGCCUUGAAGAUAGUGGAACAUGCAAGUUGUUCAGACCAGGAAACAACAAUAGGUGAUUGCGUACAAAGGAGGGUUAUCACAGAGAAACUCUUGAAUGCUAACGCUUGGUGUGAAAACCAGCCUGAGAAAUGGUGAAUGAUUGUGUCUUUGUGGGAAAUCAGUGUGAGAAGUCUCGAAUGCUUGACUUUGCCUUUUAUCGUUUUGACUUUCAAUUGUGUGUCUACCUUUAUAGUAUUUUUUUUUCUUUUUACAAAUAAAACACUAGAGUGUACAGCAUGUAACACAUUGAUGUGAGCUGGGCUUUACUGUAAUAUCUUCGGCAUCUUUGGGUAUCUCGGUUAUGUUAUGUAAAACUGUAGGUACACGAUUACAUUACCUCUAUAUAAUGUAAAGUUGGUCACAUACACUUGUGUGAUAAUUCACUUGAUUUGGCCGAUCUUAAUAUGAAACAAAUCCAGGGUUCUUUGAUUUGAAAUAGUCAGAAGUAAAUAAUGGUCAGUUUAUACAACGUAGCGCGUGACUUGUUAUUAAACAAAAUACUC